GACUUGGUUCGACUCGGCUUGCUGGGUUGCGGUGGCUUUGCAUCUGUCGAGCUGUGGGAGCACAGGGACACGAAAGAGACCUAUGCCAUGAAGUGCAUCUCCAAAGGCUACAUCGUCAAAAUGGGAAUGCAGCAGAGCAUCCUGAACGAGAAGAACAUUCUGAUGAUGACGAACUCGUUCUUCAUCAUCAAGCUGUUCGAAUGCUUCAACGGAAGCCAGACCCUGUACUUCCUCCUUGAAGCUGCCUUGGGGGGCGAGCUCUAUGCAACCUACAACCGAAAAGGCCUGCAUGG